GCAUAGAAAGCCCCGCCCCUGGCUUUGCAGGACGUCAGCUAGGACUGCAGGGGCCUGAGCCUCCUCCGCUGCCGCCUGCAGCCCCCGCCGCCGCCUGCAUCCCCCGCAUCCUUUUCUGGGGCCCGGUCGCCAGCGCAGUCGCCACGGUCGCCGUCGCUAGCGUUGUCUCAGCUUAGAGAGGGCAAGGCCCUCUGUGCCACGCCUCCCGCAGAUGGCUUCCGCCACAGACUCUCGCUAUGGGCAGAAGGAGUCCUCAGACCAGAACUUCGACUAUAUGUUCAAGAUCCUGAUCAUUGGGAACAGCAGCGUGGGCAAAACCUCGUUCCUCUUCCGCUACGCAGAUGACUCCUUCACUCCAGCCUUUGUCAGCACCGUUGGCAUAGACUUCAAGGUCAAAACCAUCUACCGCAACGACAAGAGGAUCAAGCUGCAGAUCUGGGACACAGCAGGGCAAGAGCGGUACCGCACCAUCACCACAGCCUAUUACCGUGGCGCCAUGGGCUUCAUCCUAAUGUAUGACAUCACCAAUGAGGAGUCAUUUAAUGCAGUGCAGGACUGGUCCACCCAGAUCAAAACUUACUCGUGGGACAAUGCCCAGGUGCUGCUGGUGGGGAACAAGUGUGACAUGGAAGAUGAGCGAGUGGUAUCCUCAGAGCGCGGCCGGCAGCUGGCUGACCACCUGGGCUUUGAGUUCUUUGAGGCCAGCGCCAAGGACAACAUUAAUGUCAAGCAGACGUUUGAACGUCUGGUGGACGUGAUCUGUGAGAAGAUGUCAGAGUCCCUGGAUACUGCAGACCCUGCGGUCACGGGCGCCAAGCAGGGCCCACAGCUCACUGACCAGCAGGCGCCACCUCAUCAGGAUUGUGCCUGCUGAGCCACUUCCCUUCCCUGCUGCCAGGGGCACGUCCCCCAUCCCCGACUACCCUAUUUAUUAUUGUAGCUAUUUAUUUAUUUAUUGAGGAUGUGCCCCGAGCGCACCCCCUUCCCACCCUGUACAUACCUCCACCCAGCUCGGCCGUGGUGUAUUGUGGUCACUGCUGCUCCCUCUCCUUUACCCUCACCCCCAUUUUGUUUUUAAACCAUCCCGUCCACAGUUGUCAGUUGUGAAGAGGGGACCAGAUGUCACUCUGCAGCAGGCUGAUGGAAGAUGGCGGGGCCUGCCAACCCCGAGGCUGGGUAAUCGCUAUAUGGACCACCUGGUUGACAGACGGCUUCCUGCUUGCCUGGGCCUUCUGCCUUAUACUUUGGGAUAGAUGGGGUGUAGGGGAUAUAUUCACUACUUUGGGAUACCCCCAAACCUGUUCUGACGUCGUGAGUGUCAAAUGUGUCCCACUCCUCCCUAGAAGUUAUGAAUACUACACACAGUCAAUAAAGCGAAUGGACCUUGCUGAGUCUGCUGGCCCAGCCCCUGCAGCCACCCACAAGCAGUCCUUGACAUUAAAGAGAAUUUAAUGAAUUUCCGCACCCUG